AUGUCACACUCCGACCCUGAUGUUGCACUUUUUGUUGGAUUAGGGAAUCUUCCAUUGGACAUUAUUGCUAUAAUCAUUGAUUACUUGCCUAAAUGUAUCUUACCAAAUCUAUUAUAUUUCCCACCAAUUAGAAAAAUAGUUGUUUCAGGAAUUUUAUCGGUUGUAAUUAUUGCCAAACAAUCAUUUAGGCAUCGUUGGAAUACUUCCCGUUAUGGUGAAUUUCGUACCUGCCAAUGUACAUGUAUUUGGAUAGAACCAAAAAAUUUGAAACAAGCUGUGGAUCAAUGGAAAAUUUAUCCCAAAAUUGUACAUAUUCAUGAUUUGUUUGAUCAACAAACUAUUUCAAAAUACUUGGCUGAAAUCUUAGUCCAUGUUUUCCAUAUUAAUGGGAUGUUUUUCGCAUAUUCUGGAUCUGAUCCUGAACAAUAUAUGAGGGACGUUUUAAAGUUCAAUGUUAAAUAUGAUUGUUUACGGUUAGGGGCGUUUGGACACAUUUCAGAAUUACCUCCUAUUGCUAAGACUCUUGUACUUAGUAAUACUAUGUUUGAAAAUUAUGAUUUUGAAGGUUUAAAAGAAUUGGAAUUUAAACAAGAUAAAGAUACUGAUGAAUUCCAAAUGGUUAAUCUCUCUUCAGAUUUAGAAGUAUUGAAAAUUAAAGCUGAUAAUUUGAUUAAAUUAAGUUUACCGGGGAAUUUGCGUGAGGUAAUGAUUUGUACAGGCCAGAAACCAGUUGAAUUUGAAUGUGAGGAAAUGGAUCAAUUGAAAUAUUUGAAACUAAUAUUACCAUUUUUCAAUUCAUUUGGUGAUCUUGGAAUAGUAGCAGCAAAUUUAGAAUCACUCGAAUUACAUAAAUGUUAUAAAUUGUUGUAUUGUGAAAAUUUACAUCAAUUUCAACAUUUAAAACGCUUAGUUAUUAAAGAUUGUACUUUUUUCCCAUUUGAUUUGUUUGACAGAGAAUCGUUCCCUGAAUUGACAAGUUUUGAAUAUGAAGGGAGAAUUUUUUACGAAUUGGAUCCUCUGUCUGAAAUUCCCGAUAGUUUUGGUGUUUUUAAUUUGAUUUUCCCUUCAAAGUUGGAGUUAUUAAUAAUUAUUAAUGCCAAAUUUGUUAAUGUUACCUGGAGUAGUUUACAGUUUCCUGAUACAUUGCUAAAAUUGAUUUUUUUUAACGUAACAUUUGAUGAUGGAUAUUUGCAUCUUGGACAAAAUUUAGAAUAUAUAUCCAUUCAUGAUGCACCAAAGCUUGCACUCAAAAGCAGUUUUAGAGUUCCUGCAAAGGCCGACACCUUGGUAUUAACAGCAGACUAUAUGAUAAUUGAGAGUAUGGAGUUUAUGUAUCAUUUACCAAAGGGACUUACAAACUUGGGAUUUUUGGCUCACAAAAUGGGUAGAAUAAUGAAACCAUUAACUGAAAAGAUUAAAUGGCCUUGGUGGAUGGAAAUAUUCUCGUUAUGUGGAUUUUAUAUUGAUAGUGACACUUUACAAUUAUUGAAUUUCCAUGAGUCUGGUCUUGAGAGGAUUUACAUUCGUGGAGGUAAUGUUAAAAAAUUACGUGCUGAGUGGUUUCCAAUUGGUGUUAAAAAUCUCAGCUUACCAAAUAUGGGAAUUCAAGAAUUGUCGGAUUCUUUUGAAGAAAUGAAAGAAUUAAACAGUCUUUCUCUUGAAGAAAAUCAACUCCAGAAUGUAAACCCGAUUAAAUUACCACUAUCAUUAAAAUCCUUAGAUGUCAGAAAUUGUAACCUUCGAGUGAUAUCGCCAUUUUUAGUAUCUAUGUUAGAGAGUGAAAAUAAAGAUAUCAAAUUAAAUAUAAAUGCUCGGGAGAAUUGGAACUUGAAUGUCACUGAUGUGAGGAAAAUGUUGAAAACUUUGAAAAAACUCAAAAUCAUUAUCAGUAACUAUAGUAAGAUUUUGACGAAUAUAGUCCCAUAUUCUUCACGUAUGACUUGUGUGUAUAGUGAUGAAAAUUAUGGUUGUAAAAGAUCAAAUAAUAUUGAUGAUAUUGAUUUGGAUUGUGAUCCUGAAGAACUUUACAAUGGAAGUGCAAAUUGUCUGGAAAAAGAAGAAGAAGAAGAUAACCAUGACGAUUAA